AUGGCAAAGCUGGGUAAUGCGCGAGACGAAUAUCGUAAAGAGCCCUUAAUUUGUACAGCUGAUCAUUGCUUCAGCGUCGAAGUAAAGCAGCAAGGUUCGAAAACAGUUGCUUUGACCCUAAAAACUAGCUCUUUAUUAUCUGGGAAUGACAAAGUGCUGCUAAAAACCGAUCCACAAGCAACGAGGAACAUCUUUGGCGACGCUGAAGUGAUCGUUUUAGAUUCGGUAAAAUCUGGAACAGGCCGAUCUGAAAAUGCAGAUUUUGCAAAUAUCGUUGUCGCCCCUGUUCUGCAAGACUUGAAAGUUGAUUUUAAGGUAGUGAAAACAGACAGCACCGAUGCAAUCAAAAAUUUAGCGAAAGGUCUUUCUCCUUCCAAGGAUUAUUUCAUAAUGAUGCUAUCGGGUGAUACAAGUAUUUCUGAAUUUUUUAACGGCCUGCCAGACGACUGCAAAUCAAAAAGGGCACAUAAAAUCACCUUAGUACCAUUUCCCAUGGGCACUGGUAAUGCGUGGGCCAGUUCCCUGGGAUUUACGUCGCCUAUAGCACUUUUCAGAAGCAUGUUGGCCGGCCAGCUUACUUCUAGAAAGUUUCCCCUCUAUAGGGCAGUGUUCCCUAAUGACACGCAGCUUGUAUUUUUCAUCAUUCUCUCGGCCGCAUUCCACGCUAAUCUUCUCCAUCUUUGCGCGCAUCCUAAGUAUCAAAAGAUGGGCGUCGAGCGGUUUCGUGUCGCUAGCGAAAAAUUGCUAAAUGAUGAAGCCUUGUCUUGUCAAAUUUGCAUACCCAAGGUGACAGAAGGCUCUUUCAAUUAUUUCGCUGUGAUAAACACUUCAAAUCUGGAGCGAACUUAUAAGCCUUCUCCAUGCUCUGAUGUUUUAAAAUCUGAACUACACCUUCUCGCCUACUCAUCAUCCCUUUGCACCGAGGAGCUUGUUGCCCGCAUCAUGAAAGGUUACCAGAACAAAGCUGGCGACGAUAUAAAUGACAAUGGUGUUUUAUACCAGCGAAUGCUGGAUGAUUUUGAAGUGCAUAUUGAUUCGGAUCCUGCAAAUUCCCCUCGCAGUAAGUUUGACAUAUGUUGCGAUGGCCACCUGUUAAACCUCCUAGAUUUGCAAAAAGACGGCAAACCUUUUAACAACAAAAUUGACAUCAAGUUUUUAAAAAACUAUUCGAGCUUUGAGUUGGAAUUGUUAGCACCUUAG